AUGCAGCGAGCACGCACUAGCUGUGAACGAGUGAUGUUAAGUGGUGAUUUGGCUGGAGAACGUUCGAAUGCAUGCCGUCGUCGGGAUGAAUUGGCACGUACUGCAACCUUCGACACUGAUACGCUAGUUAGGAGUGGAGGCUUCUCCUUCGCACAGGAAAGGAGAAAGCAGCCCUUGAAAGGCGAGUUUGGCAAGAUUGCUUUAGGUCAGCUCAAUUUCAUAGUGAAUUAUUUUUAUUCACUGGAGCAGUUUCUAUUCGUAAUUUUCAUGUUGAUGUGUUUAAUUGCAUUUUCAUUUCGAGAUGAAAUAUAUUGUAGCAGUUAUUUUUGGUAUUCGAUUGUUUCUCUUAAAAUAAUAGAGAAUAUGAUUAUAUCAAAAUAUAUAUCAAAAAUUUGUCGCUUCAAUUCUUCACUAAAAUUUUAUUUUUUUGCUCAAAAUCAGUCGUAA